UGAGUUCCAUGAUGAAAAGCUUUGGUGCGGAAAAAAUGACAAUGGAAGUCGAGAUCAUUUCAAGAGAAAUCAUCAGACCAUCCAAUUUACGAACAUCACUUCAUUUUCCGAAACCAUACAAACUCUCUUACUUGGACCAGUUAGUACCCACACUCUAUUCCCCACUUAUCAUCUUUUAUGAUUCUAAGAAUCAUACUCAUUCUAAAAGUAACCGAUCCUUGUCAACUCAGCUAAAAGAGUCACUCUCAGAAACUCUAAAUCACUUCUACCCCUUUUCUGGAAGGAUCAAAGACAACUUCUCUAUCGAUUCUUUCGACGAGGGCGUUCCAUUCAAUGAGGCUCGAGUCCGUUGCCAUAUGUUGGACUUCCUUCAACAUUCUGAAAUCGAGUCACUGAACCAAUUUCUUCCUUGCUUGCCAUUCCACAAAGAACCAAACCCGGAGGAAGCUGCCCAAUUAGCCAUUCAAGUGAGCAUAUUUGAUUGUGGUGGAAUAGCAAUCGGCAUGUGCGCGUCACACAAGGUUGCAGAUGGAAGCACGUUGCGCCCUCUCUUCCUCCAUUGGGCAGUUGCGACAGGUGGGCCUCGUAAAAAAGUACCGUGUCUUGAUUUUUCUGAGGCAUCAUCGCCAUCACACUUUCCUCCACAACAUGUUUUGCCUCAGAGCUUGGUCUCUUUAGUUGAGAGUAUUUGCUUUAAUGAAACCAAGCACAUGAAGACAAGGAGGUUUGUGUUUGAUGGGAGUGCCGUAGCUACCCUAAGAGAGAAAGCAAAGAGUGAACGAGUGGAUGACCCAACCCGAGUUGAAGCGCUGACUGGUUUUAUUUCUGAGCAUGCCAUGGCUGCUUCAAGAGUAAUAUCAGGUUCUCCAAAGCCAACUAUCAUAAACCAAGCAGUAAACAUCCGGCGACUAACGAAACCACGCUUACCAGAUAAUUCUGCGGGAAAUAUCUUUUUAGAAACAUCGGUAGCCCUUGAUCGUCAUGAAUCAGCAAAGAUCGCGGGGAUACAACUAAGUGGCUUGGCGGCAUCCUUGAGAGAAGCCGUGCAGAAAGUUAAUAGUGAUUACAUAAGUACUCUGCAAGGUGACCACGGUUUUGAAGUUUACUGCGAGAUCAUCCAAAAACGGAUGACAGAAAAACUAGGACAGAAAUACCCAGACGUGUACACUUUCUCCAGUUGGUUGGGUUUGGAUAUCAAUGGCUUAGAUUUUGGAUGGGGGAAACCCAUUUGGUCUGGGAUCAUGGGGGAGGCCGGUCCCACAAGUAGGAAUCUCAUUUUCUACAAGAAAACGCAAUGUGGGAAUGGAGUAGAGGCAUGGGUGACCUUGGAUGAAAAACUGAUGGCCAUAUUCGAGAAUGACCCAGAAUUCCUUGCCUUUGCUACCCUAAAUCCGGCAUGGGUGUAAGCCAAUAGGUCGGAAAUAUCUAUAUUUGUCCAACUAGUGUGCAUGGGUAUCCACGACGUUAUAACUAAAAUUAUAACGUCACAUACUCUAUAUAUGUUAUGUAGUAGUAUUACUAUUCCAAAACUAGAAAGCUGCUCAUGCUGAGCUGGUGUGAAAAAUAAGUUAUAGGUGUAGGCUCGUGCUGCAUAUACGGCUUGCAUUCUCGCCAUGAUGAA